AUGAAUUUCACACCGUUUGGAAAUAGUUUUCCGGGUCUGCCGCAGUUCACGACGACGACGGCGCCGCUGGUGUCGACGGUGACUGCGGCUGUGACCGUCGCCGAUGCCGAUGUGGCUGCAGCGGCCAACAAUCAGCAGCAACAGGAGCCCGGGGGCAGCAACAAUCGCUACCAACAGCACCAGCAACAACAGCAGCAGCAGCAGCAACAACAGCAACAACAGGUUGCAUCCGCUGUGGCAAUGACGCACUUCAGCCAACCGAGCAUGGCCAGCGCACAGAGCAGCAGCAGCGGUAAUAAGUUUCGCAGCGCACAGGAGGAUGUGUUGCAAGGUGAUAAAUACAAUGGACACUUGGUGGCAACGGCAACACAACAACAGCAGCAGCAGCAGCAACAACAGCCGCAAUAUGCAACGGUUUAUGCUCCCAGUGCCACGACGAGCGCAGCGGAUGCAUUGCAGGCAAGCAGCUCCGGCCAGCAGCAGCAACAACAGCAGCAGCAACAACAACAACAGCAACAGUUGCAACAACAACAACAGGUGGUGGCACCGCAGGAACUGACUCAGGAUCUAUGCAACGCCAUUCUGCAACAACAAGUGCUACAGAAUACCUCCUGGCAGACGAUCACUCCGGGCACCACAGUCGCCGACUACCUCUCGCAUCUUCCAGCCAACACGUUGCCGCUGUCGCUGCACCACUUUCUCAAGUACUCCGCGGAGACGAUCAAAAAAGAGAACCAACAGAAUGUGGUGUUGCAGGUGCAGACGGGACCAGGAGCAGCCAUUGGCAUCAAUACCAUUGGUGCAACCACAACCAUAAGCAUACCUCAGCAGGAGCAGCUGCCGUUGCAGCAGCAGCAGCAACAGCAACAGCAGCAACAACAACAGCAACAACAACAGCAGCAACAGCAACCUCAGGCAACGCUGCAGUUGCAGACGCAGGCAGUUGUUGCAAGCAGUUCGACAGCGGUUAGUGGCACCAAAAAGAAGAAGCGCAAAAAACGUUCCAAGGAGCGUAAACCGAAACUGCGUCCCGGCGAGAUCCGUAUGAGCACCGCCCUCGAUGGCAGUCCACUCUACAUGUGCCCCGAAUGCCAUGUGGCAUACCCUGAGCCGGAGCUGCUCGAGGUGCAUCUGGUGGGUCACAAUCUGGAGCGACGUUACGUGUGCGACAUCUGCCAGGCAUCGCUGAAACGCAAGGAUCACCUCACGCGACACAAGCAAUCGCAUAAUCCGGAACGGCCCUACAUCUGCACCGUCUGCCUGAAGGCCUUCAAGCGCAAGGAGCAGCUCAGUCUGCACUUUGUCAUCCAUUCGGGUGAGAAGCGGCAUCAGUGCCAGGAGUGUGGCAAGGGCUUCUAUCGCAAGGAUCAUCUGCGCAAACACACACGCUCCCACAUCGCCAGACGGGUCAAAGCCGAGCUCAAUAGUCAUGUGAGGCGUGAGAACGGCACCAGCAUGUUGCAACCUGUGGUCACAGCUGCCACAACGGCAGCCGUGCAACAUGCCAAUCAGCAGCAGCAGCAGUUGCAGUUACAGCAGCAACAACAACAGCAACAGCAGCAGCAGCAACAACAACAGCAACAUCACAUUGUCGUCAGUCAACAGCAGCAGCAGCAGCAGCAACAACAACAGCAACAGACAGCAGGUCAGCAGCAACAACAGCAAAUGAUAAAUUAGCCAAAUGAUUUUUGUAAAGUCAGUUAAAUCAAAAUUCAAAACAUGAACCACUCCCCCAUCAGUCUCUCGUUCGAAACGCCUUGCGGCAUGCAACAAUUGUUGU